AUAGCCUUAAUAAUUGUAUCACAUGAUGCCGAACCAUAGUUCCUUGUUUGUUCGUGAAACUCUGGUUGUUGAUCACAUGUUGGACUUUACAAAUUCCCUUAAUUUAAGAGCGCAGUUAUAAUACUGAAAGAGCAAUUUAACAGACGGCUUGGGUGUCCUGUGCUUUCCUGCGUGUGACUGCAGCAGCGCUUACGGUAGCCUGGUUGGUAUCUCUAAAAUCCUCGAAACAAGUCGGAAAUUAUUUUAAAAGGGUUCAGGUGAUUUGGGAGAGACAUUUCAAGUUUCCACAGUGCCAUUCCCCAUUAAGCACAAUGCUAGUAUCACAAUUGCCAGGGUCCUUGCUGAUAGCUCUUUUACCAGUGCUGCUGUUGUGCUGGGCUGAUCUGUGUCAUGGGAUUCCUGACCGCCAUAAGAGGGAUAUCCUAAAGCAGCAGGAGGCCUCCAGGCAGAUAGGGGGCAGAGUGCUGCUGACGGAGAAGGAGAGGCAACUCAACACUCAGCUUCAAAAACUGAAAGAGCAGGAAAUGGCCGGGCCGCAGUUCCCUCCUGCUAUGCACUUCUUCAAAGCGCGGCCACUGAUACAGCGCAGUCCGGUUUUCAACCUGCUGAGAAAGAUGCCCAAAGGAGCAGCUCUGCACAUCCAUAGCUUGUCUCUGGUUGACGUAGAAUGGCUGGUGAAGAAUGUCACCUACAGGCCGCACUGCUACAUGUGCGUCACCGAGGACGGCUCCGUACGCUUCCGCUUCUCCAGCCGGCAGCCCCGCUGCCACCUGCAGUGCUUCCCCUGGGUGCUGCUGGAGACGUUGAGGAGGAAGCUGGGUAACACCAGCGACCUUGACGACAGUUUGAUGAGGAAACUCACCCUGUUCACUGCAGACCCAGAGGCUGCAUACUCCAGCCAGGAUGUCGUCUGGCAGAGGUUUGAACAGGCUUUCGCUGCCGCUUCUGGAUUGGUUGGCUAUGCCCCCGUGUUCAAGGACUAUUUCUACCAGGGUCUGCAGCAGCUGCAUGCAGACAACAUCAUGUAUCUUGAGCUGAGGUCUGGGCUCUCGGGGGCUUAUGAGCUCGAUGGCAGCACACAUGACCGAGCCUGGUGCCUCCAGGCCUAUCAGGACGUCACCAGACAGUUUGUUUUCCGGCAUCCAGGUUUCCUGGGCGCUCGCAUCAUCUUCACCGUCCACAGGAGUCAGACAAUCUCUACAAUGAAAGAGAGGAUGAAGGAGGCCAUAGACCUACAGAAAGCAUUUCCAGAGGUCAUGGCGGGAUUUGACCUUGUGGGCCGUGAGGACAGCGGCAGGCCCCUGUGGUACUUCAGGGAGGCCCUGUCUCUGCCAGCAGACCUCGGAGUCACCCUGCCCUACUUCUUCCACGCAGGAGAGACCAACCAGGAGGGCACAGAGGUGGACGGGAAUGUGCUUGACGCCCUGCUGUUUAACACCUCUCGCAUUGGCCACGGCUUUGCUAUGGCUCACCACCCAUUGGCCAAGGAGCUCUCCAGGAAGAUGGGGGUGGCUGUGGAGGUGUGUCCCAUUUCCAACCAGGUCCUGAAGCUGGUCUCAGAUCUGCGGAACCACCCUGCCAGCACGCUGAUGUCUGAGGGACAUCCUCUGGUGAUCAGCUCUGACGACCCGGCCCUCUUCGGGGCGGCUGGGCUCUCGUACGAUUUUUACGAGGCUUUCAUGGGCAUCGGCGGGAUGAGCUCCCACCUGGGCACCCUCAAAGACCUGGCCUACAAUUCCCUCUGCAGUGGGGCAGACAAAAGCGAGGGGACCAGGCUGGACCGACAGCACCGAUCUUAUCGACUGGUGGUGUUAAACUGCGCGAAGUAGCGGCUGUCAGGACUGUUAGUGAACACCUCCUUCUCCAGUCCCAAGGCUGAGCGUGUGCAUGGCGAUGGACCGGCGCCCUGUCCAGGAUGUACCCUGUUCUGUGCCCCCCCAUGUCCAGGAUGUACCCUGUUCUGUGCCGUGGGAUAAGCUCCAAGCUGGCUGAUCCCCUGCUUUAGAUAAAUGGUUAAAGGAAAUGGAUGGAUUACCCCAAUUACACUUUAGUAAUUAAUUAAUUGAUUUUUAAAAUCCAAUCAAGGCUAACGUAUUCUUCGGGAAAAAACUGGGCCCCCAAACCACUGCUAAAUAAUGGGGAAUUAGAUAAACCUGUCAGUCACUGACAGCCCACAGUAAUCCCACCCAACAUCGCAGCCUCAUCGUUGUGCAUCAUCUUCUGCAGGGUACUGGCACAAGAUCCUUUUCUGUAAAACCACAGGGGUGCUGGUUUGCACUGAAACCUCCGCUUGUAAGUUUGGUUUGAAAUGAUUGUUUGCCAUGUACGUGCUGCCUUGUACGUAUAACAAUGCUCCCUA